AUGGGGGCCGGCGCGGCCGUGUGACAGGCGGGGCGGCCGCUGCCCCCGCCGGGCGGCCGGGGCGGAGAAGCGGCACAGCCGCGGCGCUCGGCAGCAGCACCAGCAGCAGUAUCAGCAGCAGUACCGGCAGCAGCAGCCUCGGUAUCCGCGGCGGGGCUGCCGCACGGCUCCGUCCUCCUCCCCCCCGGCAGCCGCGGUGAGGGAGGCCGGCGGAGCGGAGCGGAGCAAAGCGGAGCGGGGGGCGCCGCGGCAGACAAAGCAAAGAUGGCAGGGAUCCUCGCCUGGUUCUGGAACGAGCGGUUCUGGCUGCCGCACAACGUCACCUGGGCCGACCUGCAGAGCACGGAGGAAGCCUCCUUCCCGCAGGCGGAGGACCUCUACCUCGCCUUCCCGCUGGCCUUCUGCAUCUUCAUGAUCCGCCUGCUCUUCGAGAGGUUCAUUGCUAAACCGUGUGCCUUAGGCCUUAAAGUCCAAGCUAAUGGACCACAAAAAGCUCAACCUAAUGCUAUCCUGGAAAAAGUUUUCACAGCCAUUACAAAGCAUCCGGAUGAGAAGAGGCUGGAGGGACUCUCCAAGCAGCUGGACUGGGAUGUACGCAGCAUUCAACGAUGGUUUCGACAAAGACGCAACCAGGAAAAGCCCAGUACUCUUACGAAGUUCUGCGAGAGCAUGUGGAGAUUUACAUUUUACCUUUAUAUAUUUACCUAUGGAGUACGGUUCCUGAAAAAGACACCAUGGCUUUGGAAUACCAGACAGUGCUGGAAUGGGUACCCAUAUCAGCCGCUGAUGCCCGACCUUCAUUAUUACUACAUUGUUGAAUUGUCAUUCUACUGGUCCUUAAUGUUUUCUCAAUUCAUUGACAUCAAAAGAAAGGAUUUUGGCAUCAUGUUUACACAUCACAUUGUAACAGUCACCUUGAUAACCUUCUCAUACGUAACCAAUUUGACACGAGUGGGAACCUUGACCUUAUGUCUCCAUGAUGCGGCCGAUGUUGUCCUAGAGGCUGCCAAAAUGGCAAACUAUUGCAAGUAUCAAAAACUGAGUGACCUUCUGUUCCUUACGUUUGCCAUUGUCUUCAUUGUCAGUAGGCUUGGCAUAUAUCCUUUAUGGAUAUUAAACACUACGUUGUUUGAACUGUAUGAAGCUCUGGGCAAUUUUCCUGCCUUGUGGGUCUUCAAUGUGUUGCUUGUGGUUCUUCAAAUUCUGCACUGUUUUUGGUCUUACCUAAUCGUAAAGGCAGCCUACAAAGCUAUUUCAAAGGGCAAGGCUGGGAAGUGGAACCCCUUGCAUGUAGCAAAGGAUGACCGAAGUGACAUUGAAUCAAGCUCAGAUGAGGAAGAAACAGUACCUCGCUCAAAGACCCCGCACAGCUCUAUCACCACUAAUGGGACCGGUGGUGCCAAUGGGACAAACGGGUAUAUCACUGGUGGCACUUGCUCAGAGGAGCAUUAAUCCCUGAGUGUCAUGAGACACAAACAGAAUGAACUGUUUGCUAUGGAAGUAAAUUAUAAGUUGCGAAUGCGGUUUCUUCAUAUAUCUCAGCAUCAGAAAAAAUUAGGAGUACAAAAGCAUUCAGAUAGUGCACUGCCAUAUUUCCUGUUUGUGAAUGAAGACAACACAUCAUUCUGUAUACGUAGGCAUGCUGUAUGUGUAUGUAAUUGACACAAUGGGAGCAGUAUUUUCACUUGUACUGUCUUUAAAAUAUUAUUUAUUUUGUAUUCUUUCUGGGAACUUCUGAACAAAAGGGAAUAUCCUUUCUCAAACUUUUUUCUCAGUGGUGGAGAGCAUCAUGCUCAGAUCUCUUCUGUCCAUCCCUGUUGCUUUUGCUGAGUCUGCUAUAAGUAAUAGUUGCUUGAUUUAUUAAUUACAAAAGAUAGAACAUAGCUUUACAGAUUCUAGUUCUGCUUCAGAUAUUUUUGCUAUCUUUGUGUUUUAAAGUGCUGGUUUUGAAAUUGCCUAUCAAUUCACAGUGGCCGUUUCUCCAACAGAAAGUUUUAAAACACUGGAUUGAUAUUUUAAAUAGUAGGUAAUAUGGUCAAUUAGCAAUUUGGGGAAAAAGACCUGUUGUCAUUGUGAGAUGUUAUUUUAGCAUAAGCUAAAAUUCAAAAUUGGUGGUUAAUUGCAUUAGAAGUAGAUUUGAUUGGUUGUGCAAAUGCCCAAAAGCAUUUAUGUUAAUGGUUAAGAUACACUCAUUCUUGUAUUGUUUUUUAUUUGUUUUGUUGUUGUGUUGUUUUUUUUUGUCUUGCGAUUUUUGACCUCUAUAGAUUGCGGCUUUAUGCGGAGAUUCCAUGUUGAAAGGUAUUUGUUCAAGUGCACCAUUGUGAAUCCAGAACUCACUCCUGAAACUGAUCUUGUAAAUUAAGAUGGAUGAGAGCAGAGUUGUUAUUGAAAAAACAGCAGAUGGAAAGUCAUUGCUUCCUCAAACACAGUUCAGUCUAGGUUAUCAUUCUUAUAAUUAUUGCCACUUUUUUGGUAGGCUGAAGAGAGAAAAUGCACAAUGUCAUACAUUACUAGAAGUAGUUUAUUUUAAAUGCAUGAGAACUUGAGCAAAAUUCACUUAACAUAAUUCACAGCAAACUUUGAAGGCUCAGCAGUAUUUUGUCACCUUUAUAAAAAAAAAAAAGGUGUGUCUGUUAAAUAAUUUUGCUCUCCUACUUCAUCCAAUAUUUACAAACCGUGUCCCAAAGAAGACAAAAUAACACCUAAAACUAACAUCCUCUUUUAACAUAAUAUAUAUAUACAUAUAUAACACUUCUUCCAGUUUCUAGAUCACAGUUUGAUGUAGGAUGCUAAGGAUCAUACAACUCUUGGAGGACACUUUUCUGUGAUUUGUGACAGCAGUGCCAAAAGUAGGCAAGGUUCUUGGGCAACAGACUCUAUGCAACCUACUGUUUAACAGUAUUGUAUAUGUGCACACAGAACCAAUGUGCUCGUAGACCAAAGACUUAUAUAUAUAUUUAAAAAAAAUAAAAUAAAAAGGAAAAAAAAAAGGAAGGAAUAAAUCAGAAAAAAAUGUAACAGUGUGUCUUCUGUACAGAAAGGGACUGGAGUGCUGUGUUCAGCUGGAAGCCUAGGCCAAGGAAGUAUUUCUUAUUCCUUCCACCCUAUGCAAAUAGCAAAAUAUAGAUGAUUUCUAUCAUCAUAAAACAUGUUUAAAGGCUCUAAUGUAUACAGACUCCACUGAAGAAAGUUUUGUUGCCACUUCUCUCUUUUUGAAACACUGCGAUUCGUUCCAUUCUACUCAUGACUCUUGAAAACUUUUGAAACCUUUAUUAUCCAUAGGGACCAUAUGCAUGUUAGUGAACGAUGUGCUGAAAGUAAAGACAGAAUGGUGUGAAUGAAAAUAGUACCACCAUUUAGUAACAAAUAAAGGUAAGAAAACUGAAAACUUGUAAAUCAUGUGAGGAACGCUGUCUGUUUUACAGACAUCCCUUGAAAAAUCCAGGCACCUUGUAAUUCAGCAGCUUCAAAGCUUAUAUGUCCCUGAGCAUAUAUGAGGGAGCAAGAGUCUUAUUCAAAUCUCCUUCUCCCCUAAAAGCUUCUUUGCCUCUAAUUUUUCUAAUCUGUCUCCUGUGACCCUGAUUUCAUACAGUUAUCUGUAAGGCCAGCUAUAUGUGUGAAGAUACCAUGAUUGCAAUAGAAGGUAUCCUAUCCACAGUAUUUGAAGUGGCAGUUGUUACUAAUUACUAUGAACAUUAUAGUAAGGUUUUAAAAGAAAAUUUUAUUGGGAUAUAUUGAAUAAGCAUUGUUAGUUCUGACAUCUGACCUGCUGAGAAAGUUCUUGAGAGUAACAGUUUAGAAUCAUAGAAUUAUAGAAUACCCUGAGUUGGAAGGGUCCCGCUAAGAUCAUUAAGUCUAACUCCUGGUUCCACACAGGUCUACCUAAAAAUCAGACCAUGUGUCCAAGAGCAUUGUCCAAAUGCUUUUUGAACUCCAGCAGGCUUGGUGCUGUGAUCACUGCCCUGGGAAGCCUGCUCCAGUGCCCAAUCACCCCCUCAGUGAAUAGCUGAAACACAUCUUCAUAAUGUUGAUUUCUACCUCUACUGGACCAUUUUCCUUCUCCAAAGAUAGGUAUAAAAAUGGCAUUCUGGUAAAUAUUUUGUUGUAUGUGGGGACAAAAUGUUGCUCUCAACUGUUGGUGUACACCUGUAGUGCUGUGAUAUCAUCGAUAUCAGGAAAGAAAGCAGUUCUCAUGAACAGUCCUCAAACAAGAGACAGGAGACCUUUGCUCUCUCUCUGUUGGUCCUCUCCAGUUGUGCUGUAGAGCAUUGAUUCAGAUGUUCAGUCAUGGUUACAACCCUUGAAUUGGCUUGACCAUUUCUGGAUAUGUAGAUUCUUAGAGUACCCCCACUGUUAAAUAAUGCAACUUGAAUUUAAACUCUUCCUUUGACAUUUAAAAUAAGUUGUGUCUAUUACUCACUAAAGCAUGUAAACAGUUACCAAGAUUCAACUGAUGUCUAGUAACUUAUUCAUCUCCUAUAAACCAGGCUUUUUGGAGUCCAUUCUUAGCAGCCUAGGAUAAACUUAAUACAGAUAUGUCUGGAAAAUAGGCAAGGUCAGUGAUUGAAAUGGCAUGUUUGUGGAAAUGGGGUAAGUGUCAAGUACUUAAUUAACUUUUGCUGAACAAUCGCUAAACUUUCAAGCUACAAUUUUUAAUGGAGAUGAAAAAUUCACACAUUUUUUCUGUCUUUACUGAGAAGGACCAAGUGUUUUAGUGAUCAUACUUGGCAGUGUGCUUUGAUUUAUUGCUUUAACCAAUGGUUGUCAAAACUUUGGCUUCUUCUUCUACUCUGCAGAGAUAAUGUCAUGCAACUAUUUCCUUUUUAAUUGAAUUUGUUUGCUUCUCUGCUGAAGAGCUUUGCAAGGUGCUUUUGGAGGCCAUUAAAUAUUUAGAAGAUAAUCACACACAUUCCUGAAAAUUUAUUAAAGUGAUUCGCAUGGCUCAUGGUAAAUGCGAUAUCUUAGAAAGUUCUGUAUAUUCGUACCUUUUGUAGAAUUGUCAUUUUAUUCAUUUUAGAAAUAAGGGUUUGUAUUUCAUAACCUAUUUGUCUUCAAACUCUAUGCUCCCUUUUUAUAGUACAGUACACAACACAGUGGUUGAGAUGUUGAAGUAGGAAAAUGAGGAAAUGAUGUGUAGAGUUUAUUAGUAAGUAGAAAGAAUUUGUCUUCUCUCCCUAGCCAGCCCAGAAUAUAGUGAAAUAAGAUUCAGGUCUCCUUUUGUUUACUGCUUUUCAUAUUGGCAUUUUUCAUACCAAAAGAAAAAUAUGUUGCUGUUUUUGUUGUUGUUGUUUUCUCCAUUAAAAAAAAAAAACAAAACACUUAAACAUUGCAGAAAUUGGUAGGAAUAUCUGAUCAAACAACAAGGGUGGAUAUUGGAGUCGUUUGAAUCUUGAUUGCUGUUAAAUAGUGCUAGUUCUAAAAUACCAAAGUGUCCCAUGCUGUUUCCUUGUUGCCAUUUUGUAGUUUUUAUAUGUGUUAUUUAUUUAAUGAUUCCAGCAGAACUGAAAUGGGUGUCACAUUUUUAGGUGCUCCUGUUUCAGCCUGGAACCAGUCUGUGUGAUUGCUGAUGCCAAAUCCUUUUUCUGAGACCCAAGUACAUGCACUAAAGCUUUGCUUAUGGUAAAACGAUUCUUGUUUUAAAUCUGUAUCUGUUUUAAGUGAAAAUCACGUUCUAGUUCUGAACAGAACACAAUGGCAAAAGCUGUUACCCUGCAGCAAAUGUCAAUGAUGAUCAACAUGAGUUGAUUUAGAUGCUGCAUGUUUUACGCAGCGUAUUCUAGUAGGAAGCCUAAUGCCUGUUACAUUCAUCUUUUCAUUACUGCAGCCUUCUGUAUUCUCGGAGAAAUAUGGGCUAUUAUUGGUUUUCUACAGUUGAUGCUUUGGUAUUUUUUUAAUCUAUUUGCUACAACCCAUUUUUGUAUGUCUCCUAUUGUCUACUACUUGUGACAUUUGUGCAAAAGGAGCUAUUGAAUACUUUUUACCCUUCCUGUAAUGUAAAACCUAUUAGGCCUAACUUCAGUGUUCUGCAAACUAUAGUUGCCUUUAAAUCAUAAAGCAAAACCAGUUUGUAUUACUUGUUUUGACUGGUUUUGAUUUGGAACAGGGACCUAAUGGAAACUUCAGUAAGACAACCUUAUUCUUUAUUUCUUUUCUUUUUGAAAAACACUAGUGGAAGUUUGGAAAAGUGGCAUAAAUGUGUAGCCUUUAAAUGGUAAAGAUUUCUGAUUGUAGUUGCAAUGAAAACACAGAGUUUGAGUGUGUCUGUACAGAAUUCUGUUUUUGAAACUGCUUUCAAUUUGAAAAAAUGGAGGAAAUACCAUGGAUUGAUGUUAUGGAGCUGUGAGGAUGAAAAACCAACAAGAUUGUCUUACAUGACCUAAAAUGAUCUGUGUAAGGAAACACAUUUUACAUCUUCUUCUGUUGAAAUUCAACUUCUCACAGUCCUGGGAUUUAAGUAGAUCCAUAGACGAGCUCUCAUAUGUAUUGUGCAUGUUGACUGCCUGUUGCAAAUCAGGGUGAGGCAGAUGACACUAUUUCACCUGUGUUUUCAUGACAAUCCUGUGCUUGAGCAACUCUUUCAGAAUGCAGUGAUGUGUAGGAACUCCACUGUCCCAGACACAGUGAUGUGCUAGCUAGCUGAAAGUCCUUUUAUGUAUAGCUAUUGUGUAGAACUUUGGGAGUUAUUUUGUGUUUAACUUGGUUGGUUUGGUUUUGUUUGUUUGUUUGUUUUUAAUAUGGAAAAUAAUUAUCCCUCAUAAAGUCUCUGGAACCAAUCAGUAUUGUGGGCUAUUUAAAUUUGGAGACACUUUCAUAAUAAACAUAAGUAUUAGGAAUCUAC